GAGGAAAUGUGUUGGUAACCUGGAAAGCGGUGAAACAGCAAGUGAUAAACACACGGACAAAAAAAGUUACUAAAAUAAUGCACAAACAUGGCUGUGCUGGAACUGUACACCAAGUACAACAGAGUGUGGAUAUCAGAUGAAGAACAUGUGUGGAAAUCGGCAGAGAUUGUAAAAGAUUUCCAUUCAGGAGAUAAAGUUCUUGAAUUGCUUCUAGAGGAUGGCUCUGAGUACUGCUACACUGUUGACCCGUCUAAACCACAACUCCCUCCUCUCCGAAACCCAGACAUCUUGGUGGGGGAGAAUGACCUGACAGCUCUGAGUUACUUGCAUGAACCUGCAGUCCUGCACAAUCUCAAAGUGCGAUUUGUGGAGUCCAGAAUCAUCUAUACCUACUGUGGUAUUAUAUUGGUGGCUCUAAAUCCCUAUAAGCAGCUUCCUAUCUAUGGAGAUGCAAUCAUUCAUGCCUACUCAGGACAGAACAUGGGAGACAUGGACCCUCAUAUAUUUGCAGUGGCAGAGGAGGCUUACAAACAGAUGGCAAGAAACCACAAGAACCAGUCUAUCAUAGUCAGCGGUGAAUCUGGAGCUGGUAAAACGGUGUCUGCUCGAUACGCUAUGAGGUACUUUGCUGUUGUGAGCAAAUCUGCAAAUAAGACACGAGUUGAAGACAAAGUCCUGGCAUCCAAUCCAAUAACAGAGGCAAUAGGAAAUGCAAAGACCACUAGGAACGACAACAGCAGCCGUUUUGGGAAAUACACAGAGAUCAGCUUUGACAGGAAGUACCGGAUCAUCGGAGCAAACAUGAGGACCUACCUGUUAGAGAAAUCCAGAGUGGUCUUUCAGGCAGAAAAUGAGCGUAAUUACCACAUAUUUUACCAGAUUUGUUCCUGUGCAGACUCACCAGCGUUUAAGAACCUGAGACUACAGAGUGCAGACAAGUUCAACUACACCUGCAUGGGUGGUGACAUAACCAUUGAAGGUGUGAAUGACAAGAAGGACUUGGAAGAGACUCGACAGACCUUCUCACUUCUGGGAUUGAAGGAGGACUUUCAGUCAGAUGUGUUUAAAGUUCUGGCAGCCAUUCUGCAUUUGGGUAAUGUGGAGAUUAAAAACAUAGGCGAUGACAAAUCAUUAGUUCCCCCCAGUGAUCCACACCUGGCUGUCUUCUGCGAGCUGCUGGGGGUGAGCGCAGAGGGGCUCGUACGCUGGCUGUGCCAUCGGAGGAUCGUUCUGGUAGCCGAAACGGUUGUGAAGCCGGUCCCCAAAGAUCGGGCAGUAAAUGCCAGAGACGCUCUAGCUAAGCAUAUCUAUGCCCAUCUGUUUGACUGCAUUAUAAACAGGAUAAACACAGCACUACAGGUGCCAGGAAAGCAACAUGCUUUCAUUGGUGUUCUGGACAUUUAUGGUUUUGAAACAUUUGACAUCAACAGCUUUGAACAGUUUUGCAUCAACUAUGCAAACGAAAAGCUUCAACAGCAGUUUAACCUGCAUGUAUUCAAGCUGGAGCAAGAGGAGUACAUGAAAGAGGACAUCCCGUGGACGCUGAUAGAUUUCUAUGACAAUCAACCUGUCAUCGAUCUGAUUGAAGCAAAGAUGGGGAUCCUUGACUUGCUCGAUGAAGAAUGUUUAUUCCCUCAAGGCACCGAUCAGAGCUGGUUGCAAAAGCUUUAUAACUACCUACAAGCCAGCCCUAUGUUUGAGAAGCCCAGGUUAUCAAAUGAGGCCUUUGUGAUUCAGCACUUUGCAGACAAGGUGGAAUAUCAGUGCAGAGGUUUUCUCGAGAAGAACAGAGAUGCUCUCUAUGAAGAACUUGUGGACAUGAUGAGGUCUAGUAAGUUACCUUUUCUGGCCAACUUUUUCCAAGAGGAGGAGCAGAACGCUGCGAUCGGUAAGAGUGUCAAAGUGAAGCCCGCCAGGCCUUCAGUGAAACCAGCCAAUAAACACCUGAGAACCUCAGUGGGAGAUAAGUUUCGCAGCUCCCUCUCCUUACUCAUGGAAACACUGAAUGCGACCACGCCUCACUACGUGCGCUGCAUUAAGCCUAACGAUGAAAAGCUCCCAUUUGAGUAUGACUCCAGGAGGGUAGUGCAGCAGCUGCGAGCCUGCGGAGUCCUUGAAACUAUUAGUAUACAUGUUCAGCUCCAUGUCAUCAUGCUGAGUAUUGGAAUGGUUUUUGUUUGUAGGUGGACAUACAUUGAGUUUUACAGCAGAUACAGUAUCCUAAUGUCACAUGUGGAGGCAGACCUCAAUGACAAGAAACAGACUUGCAAGAAUGUGCUGCAGAGGUUGAUUCACGACUCUAACCAGUAUAAGUUUGGCCGGACAAAGAUCUUCUUCAGAGCUGGUCAGGUAGCUUAUCUUGAGAAGCUGCGUCUGGACCGACUUCGAGGAGCCUGUGAGACCAUCCAGAAACAUGCUCGUGGAUGGAGCCAGAGGAGGAAGUACCUGGCCCUAAGAAAGGCCGCCAUCAUUCUCCAGCAGUAUGUCCGUGGAAAGAGGACAAUCCGUAAAACAGUGACUGCUGCGACACUGAAGCAGGGCUGGGCAGCAUUGGUGAUACAGAGACACUGGAGAGGCUACCGCCUGAGGCAGGUCUACCAGGUAGUGCGUCUGGCAACCAUCACCAUCCAGGCCUUCACACGAGGUUGGAUAGCUCGUAAACGAUACAAGAAGAUGAUAGAAGAACACAAAGCGCUGGUUAUCCAGAAGUAUGCCAGAGCGUGGCUGGCACGACGGCGAUUUCAGACCAUGCGUCGGCUCGUGCUUAAUGUCCAGCUCUCCUACCGGGUGCAGCAGCUCAGAAAGAAGAUUGAAGAGCAGAACAAAGAGAAUCGUGGAUUAUUGGAAAGGUUGACAAGCUUGGCAAACUCACACUCCCAAACUAUGGAAAAGCUUCAGGGUCUGGAGACACAGCUGGAAAAAUCAACCAACCAGAAGGCUUCUUUAGAGAAACGAGAGAAGAAAGCUAAAGAAGAUGCCAGUUUGACAAUCGCACAACUUCAAAAGGAAGUAGAAGUUCUCAACCUUGAGAAGGAGAAGUUGGAGAAAACAUUUGAAGCUUCUACCAAAGACGCCAAAGAGACCUUUGAUCAAGUAAAGAGGAACCUUCUGGAAGAAAAAGAAAACGAAGCAAGGCUUAGAAAGAUCGCGGAAAACAACAUUGAAAUUCAGAGACAGGACCACGAGGCCGAGGUGGCAACUCUGAAAGAGGAGAUAAAAAGGCUGAAAGAAGAACGAGUCAUCCUGCAGAGAAAGUUAGAAGAGGGGGCGCAGGCGAACUCAGACCUGCAGGAGCAGGUCAUCCAGCUCACCAAGCAUGUCAAACUAAUUCCCGAGCUACGCAGAGAUCUGAACAACCUGCAAAAUCAGAGAAAUAACAUGGAGAGAAAGAUGAAGCAGCAGUCAGAACAAGCAAGAGGUAAAGUGAGUGAGAUCGCAAGGCAGCUUCUUGAAGGUGUUGUUGAAGAGGAAGUUCUUCUGGGGAUGACUUCUGACGAAUCAGAGAAGAUUUAUGAAGUUGAAGAUUUGCUGUCAGCCUUUGAACGCCUACAAAAAGCCAUCAGGAUUCUAGAAAACCACCAGAGGGAGCAGAAGGAAAGCUAUGAGACUCAAGUAGAGGGCUUGAAAUUGAAAGUGGACCACCUUGAGAAUGAGAACAGCAAGCUGCAAAACCUGUUCCAGGAGAAAAGCAAUGUCAAUGAAAACAUUUGCCAAGAAGUGUCCAGACUCAGCAGUGAAAACUCAGUGAUCCCGGAGCUGAAGCUGCGGGUUUCAGAGCUGCAGAGACAGAAACAAGAGCUUGAAGGCCUUGUUGAGGAGCAGAAAAGAGAAUUAACAGAAAAAAACAAAGAGAUCUCUCACAAUCUUCAAAAGAAGAUUACAGAAGAGAGCUCACAACGGAGGUACUUUGAGGAAAAAGCUGAAGAGCUGGAGGGGGAGAAGAGAGAGCUUCAAGGCAGAGUAGAGGAGCUGGAAGAGGAGAAUGAUCACUUGAAGAGACAGCAGCUGAUGGAGAAUGAGGUCAAAAGCAAACUCAGAGAGGAGACUUCACGGUUAACUGCUGAGAACAUGGACUUUGACGAGCUGCUCGACCAGAAAGACAGAUUAAUAAAGAAACUUCAGACUCAAGUUAAGAGCCUCGAAACGUCACAGAGAGCGAGGCAAAAAACUGCAUCCACCCUUCCCAAAGAUUACCUUGGCAUGUUGGAGUACAAGAGAGAGGAUGAACCAAGGCUCAUUGAAAACAUCAUUCUGGAUCUGAAACUCAAAGGCGUGGCGGUCAACAUGAUCCCGACCCUGCCAGCUUACAUCCUCUUCAUGUGCAUCCGCCAUGCGGACUACCUGAACGAUGAGGCAAAACUAAAGUCCCUUAUGAAUGCAAUCAUUGGUGGAGUCAAGAAAGUCAUCGUGAGUCAUCAAAAAGAUUUAGAGUUCCUGUCCUUCUGGCUCUCAAACACCCACCAGCUCCUCAACUGUCUGAAGCAGUACAGCGGGGAGGAAGAGUUCCUGAAGCAAAGUACACCUCGCCAGAAAAAAAACUGCUUGCAGAAUUUCGAUUUGUCGGAACACAGACAGAUUCUCAGCGAUCUGGCCAUCCAAAUCUAUCAUCGGUUUAUCUCAGUCAUGCAAAAGACUCUUACUCCCACUAUUGUACCCGGCAUGCUGGAGCACGAGAGUCUACAGGGGAUUUCUAGCAUGAAGCCGACGGGCUUCAGGAAGCGUUCCAACAGCUUCUAUGAGGAAUCAGAGACCUACACCAUCUCCUCCAUCCUCCAGCAUCUAACUGUCUUCCACUCCACCAUGAACCACCAUAGUCUGGACCAGGGCCUCAUCAAACAAGUGAUCAAACAGCUGUUCUACCUUGUGGCUGCGAUCACUCUUAACAACAUCAUGCUCCGCAAGGACAUGUGCUCCUGCAGGAAGGGGAUGCAGAUCAGAUGCAACAUCAGUUAUCUAGAAGAGUGGCUGAAAGAGAAGGAACUUCAAAACGUGAAUGCUAUGGAUACUUUGAAGCCACUGGCUCAAACUGCGUGGUUACUGCAAGUCAACAAAUCCACUGAUGAUGAUGCCAAGGAGAUCAUUGAAAAAUGCUCUGAACUCAGCCCCGUUCAGAUUGUCAAAAUUUUGAACUCGUACACGCCCAUUGACGAUUUUGAAAAAAGAGUGACAUCAUCGUUUGUCCGCAAAGUUCAGUCUUUGCUCCAAGACCACGAAGGCACCGCACAGCUGAUGCUGGACGCAGAUUAUCGUUUCCAGGUCACGUUUCCAUUCUGCACGUCCACACAGGCUCUGGAGCUGCUGCAGGUCCCGAACAGCCUUCAUCUCGACUUCCUCAACAGGAUCUGACACACAGAUCCUUUGACAUUUUUACUCCUUAUACUGAGUCUUAGUCAGUCUGUUUAAAGUUGCACUAGAUUGUAGAUAGAAAUAUUUAAGCACUUUCAUUAAAACCCUGUACAGCACAUGUUUAAAACAAAGAACAACUGAAUAACAUUGCAACAUUUUGACCAAACACGACAUAGCAAUGAUAUUUUAUUCUUGUGUACUGUAUAUAAUAUGUGUGUGUGUGUGUGUGUGUGUGUACAUUUUUAUUUAAAUUGCAAUAACAUGCUAAAUAAAUGAAUAAAGGCAUUAUCUUGGAUUAAAGCUAUACCAAUGCAAACCUAUUUUAUACUAUCAUAUAUGAUAGUAUAUAUACUCAGGUUAAAAUACAGCAAGGCUAAAAUAUGAGUUAAUUAAAUGCUCACUGUGUAUUUUUUUUAUAUGUGUGUCCUGUAGUUGAAUCAGAGGAUGUAAGAUGUGAAAAUGAAGUAAUAUGAAUUAAUAAAAUAGCAUGCCAAAUCACCAACUCAUAACAGCUCAUUAAAAAAAAUGAAGAAGAAUAAAAUUACUUUAACAAACAACA